GGGCGAGUGUGAGCGCGAGUGUGCGCACGCCGCGGGAGCCACUCUGCCUCACCUCGCACCCUGCUCAGGGCAUCUUGAGAGCCUGGAAACGUGAACAGGCAUAAAGUAUGGCAUGUUGCAAAGAUGGUUUCUGCCAAGAAGGUACCCGCGAUCGCGCUGUGCUCCAGGGUCGGUCUCGCCCUCCUGCACUUCCUGUGCCUGGCGGCUUGUUUAAACGAAUCCCCAGGAGAGAACGAAAAGGAGGAGAAAAUGUGCCCGGAAAAUUUUACCCGCAUCCUGGACAGUUUGCUCGAUGGUUAUGACAACAGGCUGCGUCCUGGAUUUGGGGGUCCUGUCACAGAAGUGAAAACUGACAUAUAUGUCACCAGCUUUGGACCUGUUUCUGAUGUUGAAAUGGAAUAUACAAUGGAUGUGUUCUUCAGACAGACAUGGAUUGACAAAAGACUAAAAUAUGAUGGGCCUAUUGAAAUUUUGAGAUUGAAUAAUAUGAUGGUAACGAAAGUUUGGACCCCUGAUACCUUCUUCAGGAAUGGAAAGAAAUCUGUUUCACAUAAUAUGACAGCUCCAAAUAAACUUUUUAGAAUUAUGAGAAAUGGUACUAUUUUAUACACAAUGAGACUCACUAUAAGUGCGGAGUGUCCUAUGAGAUUGGUGGAUUUUCCCAUGGAUGGUCAUGCGUGCCCUCUGAAAUUUGGGAGUUAUGCAUAUCCAAAGAGUGAGAUGAUUUAUACCUGGACAAAAGGCCCUGAGAAAUCAGUGGAAGUGCCGAAGGAGUCUUCCAGCUUAGUUCAGUAUGACUUGAUUGGGCAAACGGUGUCGAGUGAAACUAUCAAGUCGAUUACAGGUGAAUACGUCGUUAUGACGGUUUACUUCCAUCUCAGAAGGAAGAUGGGCUAUUUUAUGAUUCAGACGUAUAUCCCAUGCAUUAUGACGGUGAUUCUCUCUCAAGUUUCAUUCUGGAUAAAUAAGGAAUCAGUUCCAGCUAGGACUGUAUUUGGAAUAACCACAGUCCUCACUAUGACCACACUAAGCAUCAGCGCACGGCAUUCUUUGCCCAAAGUGUCCUAUGCCACUGCCAUGGAUUGGUUCAUAGCUGUCUGCUUUGCUUUUGUGUUUUCGGCCCUUAUUGAGUUUGCUGCUGUGAACUAUUUCACCAAUAUUCAAAUGCAAAAAGCCAAAAAGAAGACAUCAAAAUCUUUUCCUGAAAUUCCAGCUGCCCCAGUGCUGAGUGAGAAGCAGCCUGAAGCCCCACUGCAGAAUCCAAGUGCCAAUUUGAACAUGAGGAAACGAACAAAUGCUUUGGUUCACUCAGAAUCUGAUGUUGGCAAUAAAACUGAAGUGGAAAACCAUUUGAGUAAAUCUACCACUAGUAUUGAAGAAUCUUCUGAAGCCACACCGAAGUCAUACUUAGCUUGCAGUCCAAACCCUUUCAGCCGAGCUAAUGCAGCUGAGACAAUAUCCGCUGCAAGAGGACUUCAUUCUGCUCCUUCUUCUACUCCUAGCCGAGCUGGGUAUGUGUCACGACAAGCUUCAGUUAGAUCUGCUUCUACUCGUCAUGUAUUUGGAGCAAGACUGGAGCGGAUUAAGACCACUAUUAAUACCACAGGGGCUUCUGGGAAGUUGUCAACUAUGACUCCUCCCCCUGCUCCACCACCUUCUGGGUCUGGCACAAGUAAAAUAGACAAAUAUGCCCGUAUUCUCUUUCCAGUCACAUUUGGAGCAUUUAACAUGGUCUAUUGGGUUGUUUAUUUAUCGAAGGACACUAUGGAGAAAUCAGAAAGUCUAAUGUAAUUUUGUUGCUAUAGUAGUUUCCUAAAA